AUGUACAAGGUCGUGUUCAGUGAGGCUGAAAGAGGUUCCAAAGUGCGACUUUCCUACACCAAUGGUACCCUUGACUUGCCUCUUGCUGAGGAGUGGUAUGGACAAAAUUCCGUGCCGACCAAGACCUCGGAUCCACUGCGAAUCGGGAUCCUCUCGUCCGCGAUGAUCAACGCGGCAGGCAUUAUCCGCCCGGCCCAGACCCACGGCGAGGUCGUGCUCUCCGCCAUCGCCUCGCGCGACCUCAAGACUGCGCAAUCGCAGGCGAAGAAGUACAACAUCGCGCACGCGUUUGGGUCGUACGACGAGCUGCUCGACAGCCCGCUCGUUGACUUCGUCUACAUCUCGCUCCCGAACGGGCAGCACGGCGAGUGGGCGAUCAAAGCGCUCGAGAAGGGCAAGCACGUCCUCCUCGAGAAGGCCUUCACCGCGAACGAGGCGGAGGCACGGCGCGUCGUCGAGACUGCGCAGCGCACGGGCAAGGUCGUCAUGGAGGCGUUCCACUGGCAGUGCCACCCCGCCGCGCACGCGUUCAAGGACGUCGUGUCAAAGCACGGCAGGAUCCUGCGGACUCACGCGAUCAUGACCUCGCCCGUCGGCUCGAUCCCCGCGUCCGACAUCCGCUGGCAGUUCGACCUCGCGGGCGGCGCGCUGAUGGACAUGACGUACGUCCUCUCCAGCACGCGCUUCGCGCUCGACGCGGGUGCGCCCGUGCGCGUCAACUCCGCACACGCACGGCCGUCGCCUUGGGAUGCGCGUGUCGACGAGGCGAUGGACGCGACGCUCGUGUACCGCAAGGGCUCCGCGGAGGGUGCGGAGGGCGAGUACGACGUCGAGGCGACGGUGUACGCGGACAUGCGCCGCGCGAACGUCGCCGGCCUCGUCCCGCGCGUGUGGGAGCUCCCCACCAUCGAGGUCGAGACGGAGCGCGCGGUCGUGACGCUGUACAACUUCAUGAUGCCCCACCUGUACCACUACAUCGCGAUAAAGGACAAGGCGACGGGCGAGACGCGCUACGAGAAGCACUACAAGUACUCCGGGAAGACGGGCGCGCACGGUGAGGAGUACUGGAGCACGUACCGCUGGCAGCUCGAGGUCUUCGUCGACAGGCUCCGCGGGCGCGAGCCUGCGCACUGGGUCACGAACCAGAGCUCUAUCGACCAGAUGAAGUCGAUCGAUAUGGUGUAUCAGGCGGCGGGGCUGCCUCUGCGGCCCGCGACGAGGGAUGUGGUCAAGCAGUGAUGAUGUCGAUUCUGAAAAUAGAAAGUGACGUACAUGUAUGAUUAGUUGUCUAGCUUCACUGCCGACGUGGUCGCGUUGACCGGGAGAUCAUC